UACCCGGAAAACGGAAGUUGCAACAUUUUUGCAUGAGCAUUUGUUGCUAUGGAAACAGGCCGCUUUUAAGCCGCUGGUAAAACUUAUUUCUGGAGAUUCGCAAAUCCAACAGCAAAAAAGGAACAAUGGUGAGCAGGGUGGAGACCCGGAGUGCAACAACCAGAACAAGUGUAAGAAAAGGUCCAGGAAAACUGGAAGUUCUUGGCCCAGAAGAUGGACUUGCUACAGAAACUUGCUCUUCGGCACCUCACAGAUUUUGCCAUUUUGAGACUGCGGAUCUAACAAAGGCCAUAAAGACAGUAGCAGAUGAAAAAGGAAAACUACAGGUCAUCGGUCCAAAAGAAAAUGUUUUCAUUCUUCCUAGUGGAACAUUAUCAAGACCAGUCAGCGCUGGAGGAGGUCAGUGGUCAGUAGGAAGGAAAACGUACAGCCCUACCAAGCAGAUCUCGCUGUGUGCAGUGAAAGCAUUGUCACAAAGCAGCGACAGUGAAGAGUGCAAACCCCUAGGAAGGAUGAGCACUAAUAGAAAUCUAAAUAAAUCCUUGCCAGAACAGAUAGAUGAAAAUGCAGGAUGCGUAUCACAGCACAUUGGGAAGACAGUGGUGACAGACAAGGGCAAGGAAGCCAGUGAUGAGGAUGACAGCGAUGAUGAUAAAGAAGUCGCGCCAAUAGAGCUUCUUGCUGAGUUCCUUAAGGCUGUAAUGACUGCAGAUUAUAAAGUGGCGCACAAGCUUUGCCAAAUGAUUCUUAUAUACGAACCUGAAAAUCGAGAAGCAAAGGAAUUUCAACCACUUAUUGAGAAAAUGGUGGAAAUGGAAGAUGAAGAGACAGACAGUGAAGAGACAGAAGACAGUGAUGACACUGAGGGAAGUGAGACAGAUGAGGAAAGCAGUGAAAGUGAAGGAAGUGGGGACAGCUCGGAUACAAGCUCUGAUGAUUCAAGUGAAGAAGAAGAUGUUCCUUAGGUGGGAUAUUAUGUACCAGUAUUCAUUGGCUCUGAAUAUUUACAUCAUUACCGAAUAUCUAAAUAAAUUCUGUUUGUGUAAA